AUGGCAGAAAUUCGAGCCCUGGACAGUGAAAUGCAAACUCUAGUCUAUGAAAACUACAACAAAUUUAUUAGUGCAACGGAUACUAUCAAAAAGAUGAAACAUGAUUUUAAAAAAAUGGAAAACGAAAUGGAGCAGCUUGCAAUCAAAAUGUCAUCAAUUACUGAAUUUAGCAGCAACAUUAGUUCAACAUUGGCUGAAAGGCGUCAACAAAUAACGAAAUUAUCGGGAGUUCAUACAUUAUUGAAGAAACUACAGUUUUUGUUUGAGCUUCCAUUUCGCCUGAAGCAAUGUAUACAUAUGAAGUCCUUUUCGCAGGCAGUUAGGUAUUAUACUAAAACAAGAGAUAUUCUCGAUCGGUAUCAUCAUGAGCCUUCCUUUCAAGGGAUACGCAAUGACUGCCAAUCUAUUAUGGGUGAACUAUGCAAGAUUCUAAAGGAGAAGUUUGAUGAUCCGGAGUCUACCUCUAAGGAAUUGACGACAUGCGUUGAACUUUUACUGCAAUUAAAGGAAAAACCUGAUGAACUGUAUGAUAAAUUCUUGAACCACGCUAAGCGACGUCUAGAUGAAGAUUUACAGUUUCUCAGGCAGCAACUACAAUCAAGAAAACUUAACAUGCAUACUGUGAGUGUUGAUGGAGAACAAAAUCCCAAUUUCGUUACAGAAACUUCGGCGAUCACCACCUCUGAUGAUUUGCUUAAUGCAGACGUUUGUAGAAAAAGUUAUAGUCCAAACGCUAAUCCGGCCAAUAUUCAGUCGAUGACCGAUAGUGAAGACAAUCCUAUCCUAGUUAGAGCCCUUGACAGAUUCUACAGACGUUUACAAGCUUUAGACAAGCUACUGCCUGAUAUUGGCAUAAAAGAGAUAAGCUUAAACGUGGUAUUUGAUGCAACACGAGAGCGUUUACAUCACUAUCUCAAGCAAUUGAAAGCGUAUUUUGCAGAUUGCAUAACUGAUAUUAGGCAGACUAUGGCGAGUAACAAAAUAUCUCAAAAAGAUAAAGAGCUGGAAAUUAAAAUGAUCGAUUUAUUACAUAGAACUAUUUCAGCUGUCACCCAAAAAAUGAAAUACUUCCUCGAUCAUUUGGAGGAAUUUAUAAACCCGGAUUUCACUACUAUAGCCAACACAGCAUACUUUCGAAAUAACUUUUGUCGCGAUGUCAGGGAUUCAUUCGUUAUCAAUUUUAUCAAGCAUGUCAACAUAGUAGCGAAAAUAUCUAUAACAGAUGAGAAAUUUCCCCACAUUAUUGGCGGUGAUAGUAGCUCAAACAGUCUAUCAGUUAUGGAAUUACGUCAACAAACCAAAGAUACUGCUCAGAUGAUAAGAAAAAGCGUUGAAACGCGCGACUGGAUGAACACCAUUGAGCCAAGGAAUGCCCGUUCUGUUAUGAAAAGAGUUGUAGAAGAUCUCAACGCUGUUGAUGUGCAGAUUCAGGGAGGCGUCCACCUUCAAGAAAUCAAUCUAAACAAUGGGGAUACAGUGGAAAGUUAG